AAGGACUUGAAGCCUAUGGGAUGGCUUUAGGGCUCUGCCCCCUGCUUUAGGCUUCUCUCUCUCGCUUUCGCAUUCUCUUCGCGCUUUGAUCUCUGCUUAACAACAGUCACGUCACGGGGGGACUCAUACAGGAGAGUUUUGUUGGAAGUUAGAAAGUUUUGCAGCCUCCAGAGGGCUGUAGCGGCAGUAGCAGCAAGCAGCAUCUGAGGGACUCCUGGAAGGGGAAGAGCCAGCGAAUCUGACUCGGUGCGUCCUUUGAGCAAAGCUGCCCGCACGAGAAGGAGAAAGGCGGCGGCGGGCGGCGGCAGCAGACAUGGAACAUCAGCUGCUCUGCUGUGAAGUCGAGACCAUCAGGAGAGCCUAUCAAGAUACCAACCUCCUCAAUGACAGGGUCUUGCAGACUAUGCUGAAAGCCGAGGAGACCUGCUCGCCCUCGGUCUCCUACUUCAAGUGCGUACAGAAGGAGAUCUUGCCAUAUAUGAGGAAAAUAGUGGCCACUUGGAUGUUGGAGGUUUGUGAGGAGCAGAAAUGUGAAGAGGAGGUUUUCCCCUUGGCUAUGAACUAUUUGGACAGAUAUCUAUCCUUCGAACCUCUCAAGAAAAGCCGCUUGCAAUUGCUGGGAGCUACCUGUAUGUUUGUGGCUUCAAAAAUGAAGGAAACCAUUCCUCUAACGGCAGAAAAACUGUGUAUUUACACUGAUAACUCCAUUAGACCCAACGAAUUGCUGCAAAUGGAACUGCUUCUGGUGAAUAAGCUGAAAUGGAAUCUGGCUGCCAUGACCCCUCAUGAUUUUAUUGAACAUUUUCUAAGUAAAAUGCCUGUGGCUGAGGACAGCAAGCAGAUCAUCCGUAAACACGCCCAGACUUUUGUGGCUCUAUGUGCUACAGACGUUAAGUUCAUUUCAAAUCCACCUUCCAUGAUUGCAGCUGGUAGUGUGGUAGCAGCUGUGCAAGGCCUUCACCUUGGAAACACUAACACUUUUCUCUCUUAUCAAUAUCUCACGUAUUUCCUAUCGAAAGUUAUUAAAUGUGAUCCGGAUUGUUUACGAGCCUGCCAAGAACAGAUUGAAUCCCUCCUUGAAUCUAGUCUACGCCAGGCACAACAACACAACAUAUCUUCAGAAACAAAGACUGUUGAAGAUGAAGCUGAUCUUUCCUGCACACCCACUGAUGUUAGAGAUGUGAAUAUUUAAGGAGGACUUCCGCAAUUGGGUUUGCUUGGCAGUACCAGCAAACAAUGAAAGGGCAUCUGACAAGGAAGUGGAAUCAGGAUCUUCUCCCCCACCACACCCUUCCCCACCCAAGAAAAUCUUUUCUCCAGGACUUUUUGUACCAGAAGGGAAAAUGUCAUUCAUUCUUUUCUUCGCUAUUCCUUCCUACCCUUUGUGACUCUAACAGACUACCCCCUCCCACUCCCCUACUGUCUUAAAAAGAAAAAAAUAGUAUUUGCAUGAUCUCCAGGGGUUUGAGCUACAAAAAUAGAAGAUUUUAUACAAUAAUCAGUUUUUUUUAUAUUAAAGUGUUUUUGUCUGUAUGUUGUAAAAAUAGGCAUUAACACACACACACACACUGUCUCUCCAGGGGAGGUAUUAGGUUUGAUUCUUGCAUAUUAAAAAGCCAACCAUUUUUAAAGUAGAAGAGGGUUUUUUUUUCCUUAGAUAGAUUAUAUGUGUUUUGGGUGUGUGUUUUUUCCUUUAAAAAGCAUAGCUUUAAUGCAGUCCUAGGCUUUUCUGUAUCUUGCUUGCUUAUGCAUUUAGUCACUUUAUAAUUCAUCUGUAAAUGUUUAUUUUAUUCCCUUAGGUUUUUAUCCUCUUCACCUUAUAAAUGGUUAAUGUAACCUUUACGUUAGUAUAUGUUAGCAUACAGCAUUAUUAUAUGUUAAUCUUCUGUGCCUGUGGAUUACCUGUGCAUAAGGCUUCUAGGGGUUCCAGCUUAGCAUGACCAGUAAAAGAUCCAACAUUCUGUUCCAACGAUAAAGAGAAAUUCCAAUAGUGACAUAAUAUAUUUUUGUAACCCUCCUAUUUUUGUAGUUAUCUGCGUAUAUAAAAACAUGCUAGUUUUUACCCAAAAGAUACACAGCCUAAUUAUAUCCAGGUUGAAUCCACAGUUUUAUCUUUUUAUUAUUAUUGUUUUAAAACCAUUCCAUUUCAAAGCACUUUCAGUUCAUUAGGUAUAGGAAAUACUUUCUUUUUUGUGUGUGGGAAUUUUUUUUUCAAAUGGAAUGGUUUGGAAAUUAUAUAUAUAAAUAUAUAAAUAUAUAUAUAAAGUGCUUGUGUGCAAACUUUGAAUUGCAAAGCAAGUGCAUUUAACUAUGGUGUUGAGGAAAGGUGGUUUUCUUUCUGAAGGGUUGUGUUCCAGUCAGAGAAAUUGCAUUCACAAAAUUGCCAGGAUAUCUUCCUAACCUUUUCAAUAGAAGAGAUGUUUAGCAAUCUUUUGGUGCCAAUUCAUUUUUUUUAUAUAAAUUUAGGGGCCUGAGAGGUUUACCUAUAGGACACAUGUUUUGAGAAUUGUCUCUCGAUGUUGUACAACUGAAGGCUAUUAAACACUAAAAUAUAUAAUUUAUAGUUAAGGCUAAAAAGAAUAUUUAUUGCAGAGGAUGUUCAGAAGGCCAGUAUAAUUUGUAAAAUAAAUCAUCCCCUUGAUUCUGAGAAAACAAAAAGAUCUUUCUGCCCUUGAUGUUGCAGUUUUAACUCCUCUUACUAAGAAACUAGGACAUUUCAAGAUAGUACCACAUUCGGCCCAGAUAUUUCCAAAAUAACCAUGAGAAAGCACCAUAGUUAAAAAUGUAGAAUUGGUGUACUUGAAAAAAAAGUUCUUAAUCCAGUGUAUUUCCCCUAUUUUUUUAAAAAAAUUUAGCUACAAAUAGAAAAUUUGCACAUCUUGGCUAUGUAUCUUUUUAUUAUUGUAGAAAGUAGCUGAAGGGACGUGGACAUAGCUGUUGAAGUUGAUGCUUGAGGAGAAUGUGAUGGCAAAAUGUAUGUGAGAAACUGCCGCUAAGGUGUUGAUUGUAAAAAAAAAAAAAGUUUUAAAAAGGAAAAAAAAAGGAGUGGAUGCUCCCAUUUUUUAUUGAGCUGCUAUGGAUAAAUUCCCAGCAUGAAUUGAAAAAAAAGUUAACAUUGCUUUUCUGUAUCUUUGUCAUUGUGUUUUGCUGCUAUUUUGUGGUCAUUUUUUUGUUUAUACAAUGUCAUAUACUGCCAUGUUAUAGGUUUUAAAUUUUCUCAUAGAAAAUUAUAUUAUUGACAUUUUUUGGUAGAUUUUUUUUUAUGUGAUCAAUUUUACUUAAUGUGAUUACUGCUCUAUUCCAAAAAAAGGUUCCUGCUUCACAAUACCUCAUACUUCAGUUAACCGUGUUUAGAUCAGGUUUUAAUGUUUGUUCACAAUGCCUCAUAGUUCUACUGCAAGCUGAAAUGCAUUGGACAUUAUUCUGAAUGGGUCUCGCGAUUUGCAACUAGUUUGUGCUAACGUUAAAACAGCAGACAUUUCAGAAGACUGAGUAAUGUCAGGUUCUUUUGUUACGUGUUUUUGUUUUGUUUUUAUAAAGUGGAUUCUUUUUUUUUCUGAUCUGGGGUUUAUUAUCAUAGUAGUUUUUAAGCUGUGUUAUUAGCCACAUUUGAUAUAUGAAAGGUGCAUUAUAAUAUAACUCUUAUAUGUGUGAUGUUUUCCAUCACUGGGGAAUCAUCAUGCGGUAUGAUAGGUUAUCUUCUGGAAUUUAAGUAUUUUGUGUGUUUAAUCUGUUAUGAUAUAUUAGGGUUUUUGUUGAUGAUGUUAAUUAUAGCAUAAUGCUAAUUUAAAAAAAUACAAACAACAACCUGUAAAUCUCAUAAGUAAGCCAGCUAACAGAGUGGUAUGGUGAAGAAUAAUCUAGUUGCCUGUAUGCUGCUAAACCAAAACAGAAUUAGAACUUCAUUUUUGAGGGCAAAUGCAGUUAAGAUCCUACCUAAGCUUACUGAAAUGGAAAAAGACAACAGGCUUGUAAGUCUACUAGCAGUCGCAGGACCCAGGAGGACUCGAUACAUUCUGUCCAAAUUUCAGGAACAUUUCUUACUGCUUACCUCAUAAGACAUUUCUGUUUGUGGCAUCUCUGUGUCUCUGAACCAAACAAGAUUCUUGAGUUAGUGGUUGUUGGUUAUAUUAUGUGUUGCUCACUAAGAAGCGGCAGCGUGUACUGCAACAUUUUAAGUAUUGUAUGUACUAAAAGGCCAAAUGCUGAGAAGCGGGUUCACGUGCCAACAGAGAUGCUUUAUUUGUCACAUUGUUAUAACGGUCUAUAGACAGCAAAGCAAUUCGGAUUUGUACCUUUUUUAAAAAAUAAUAAUAUUGUACUUAUUGGCAUCACUGGUCUGAAAUGCACAUUUUCACCAACAGACCUGUAACAGAUAAGUUUCCAGCAAAAGAAAGAAGAAAAAGACCUCCCCUAAAAGUCUAGAAAUAAAUUUGUAAAACCCAA